AUGGCGCGGUGGUUGUCAUUCUUUGCGGAAUACAACUUUACGGUCGAGUACAAACCAGGACGACUUAAUGUCGUCGCUGAUGCACUCUCACGUCGUCCCGACUUUGAAACAGUCGCGAAACCCAACAGUGAGACGGUCACUGUUGCGGUUAUGACGUCCUCAGUCCCAUCUACAACGUUGUAUGAUGAUGUGAGGCGGGCAUACGCCCAAGAUGGUGAGAUUGUGAAGUUGUUGACACAUCUCUCCCAACCAUCCCGAGAAUCGUUGAAACGACUGUCGUCUGCGUAUCGAUCUGCAUCAGAUCGAUACACUACUCGUAACGGUUUACUGUAUUAUACAGCCGUUUCUGGUGACACACCACGUGUUGUCAUUCCAGAUGAUACUGAUCUGCGUUUGCGGAUCAUGUUCGAGUAUCACGAUGCUCCUAUAGGAGGACAUCGUGGCCGAGAGAAAACACAUCUCACGGUAAGUCGAGACUUUUACUGGCCCCGCCAGUAUCAGUUUGUGCGAAAGUAUGUUCGCGCAUGCGAAGUCUGUCAACGAGUGAAGUCAAGUCCUUCACUGCGUGCACCUUUACAGCCUCUAACGGUUCCGACUGAGUGCUGGGAAUCCAUCUCAAUGGAUUUCGUCUUCGGGUUACCCAAAGACGCACGCGGGAAUACGGGUAUUCUCGUAUUUGUUGACAGAUUCAGCAAAAUGGUACACCUUGUGGCUGUACCAGAGACAAUCACGGCAAGUGGCUGUGCUUGUGUCUUUAUUGACACCAUCUUCCGACUUCAUGGGUUGCCCCGUGAACUCGUAUCAGACAGAGAUCCACGAUUCACUGCUGAUUUCUGGCGUUCCGUGUUCAAAUCACUCGGAACGCGCUUGAAGAUGUCAACAUCUGAUCAUCCAGAGUCAGAUGGUCAGACGGAACGUGCCAAUCGUGUCCUUGAAGAGAUACUUCGAGAAUACGUACACUCCUUUAAGAGUUGGAGUGAGUUUUUGCCAAUGGUAGAGUUUGCCAUCAACAACUCGGUGCAUGCGUCCACGACACAUACACCGUUUUACGUGAAUGGCUUGCGCCAUCCGCGUGUACCCACCUUACUAGAGUGUAACUCUGGUUUAAGGGGGGAGGGACUCGCGCGAGCAAAAAAACGAAUUGGUUCACGCUCAUCACGCUCUGACGAAGAAGUCAUUGCGUUUGAUGCCGAUAUCGAUAACAUCGAUAUCGAAGAAGAUGAUGCCAGUGAGAGUGCGGAAGCCCUCACUGAAGAAGAUGAUCCCAGUGAGAGUGCGGAAGCCCUCACUGAAGAAAAGGUUGUUGUUGCUGCAGUGCGCUCACAGCACACUGAAGCUAACGAGUCAUCAGAUGAGUUCAUACUGGCUCGUGAAACGGUAGUCCGUUUUGUGCAAGACUCCAUCGCCGAAGCGGUGACUUAG